UUUGGUUGGUGAGAUUUUCGUCUCCUUCUCCCGUUUCCCAGUUCUUGCUACCAGCAGCUCCUGGUUUUCUUUUAGCAUAGUUUGGAUUAUCUACGCCGUAAAGUCAGAGGUGCUUUUCCUGUGGGCGCGACUGAGGUGUAGUAGGGGUGGGGAGUCGGGCUCGCGAAACCCAGGCUCUGCUUCGCGCUAAUGCUUUUCUUUUACAGUUUUUGCUGAUCUUUUCCCAGGCGCCCUAACUGAUUUAUAGGGUAAAUGGAUCACGGCUAAGUUAGCCCUAUCCCCUUAUUAUGCGUUUUCUGGAUUUAUCUGACAAGCCGAGGACCCACGUGGUCUGCGUUGAAGGAGGAGCUCCAGGCACGCCCCGCCCUCUCUUCUUGACGUAAAGCGUCAGGCAGCGCCCUGGGGUAAGGCUUGCGGCUCGGUGCGCAUGCUCCCAGGGCCGGACUGAGGAAGGGAACUUCAGCUUCUCUCCCAGUGGCACUCGGGGCGGAGAGCAAUGGGCGGAGGCAGGACCGGAAGCACUGGGCCGGCGCGGACUCCUUAACCUUCCGCUUUGGGGCAACUCCUCGGCUCUCAACUGCCACGGCCCUCCACACUUCCCCGGCCGUAAUGUAUGAUCGGGCACCCCGCUUGCUCAAAUUGGCUGAAGGUGGCAGCACUGAGGAUCACGUGGGUCCUGGAUCCUACCGGGUACCUUUUCUGAAGCAGGUAACAGGUGGCUAUGCACCAUUCCUUUCUUUGGCUGCCAGGCAAAGUACUUUUACUAGUGCCUCUAAUUUUGAGAAAGCUGUUCCAGGUCUGGGACACUAUAAUGUUUCAGAAGCACAGAAAGUUUCAAGGGUACCUACUGUUUCCAGAAGUAUUGAUAUUCCUUCAAUUCCUUGUGGACAGUCAUAUGGUUAUCAUAUUAAUGAGGAUGGCAGUAUUCUAAAACAUUUUCCACCUGCUAGUGAUAACAUACUAGGCCCAGCAUAUUAUAAACCUCAAUUUGAUUGUUCUAAUACAACUUUGAAAUAUAAGGGAAUACAUUUUGGAAACUCUUUGCGAAGACUAGAGUUACCUAUAAAAUCAGGACCUGGUCCUGGACAGUAUGAUAUAGUCCAGAAAAAGACACCACAUUAUGAAAACAUUAACAUCAAGAAAGAUCAACUGCAAAAUUGUUCAUAUCUCCCACAAUUUUAUGAAGUAAUAAUAUUGCAGGAGGAAAAGAAGAGAUUUGUGCCUAUAAAAUCAAUCACCCCGGCUCCUGGCACAUAUAAUGAAUCUCGAACUGCUUUCAAGUCCUUGAAGAAAACACUAGGACUGAAAAAUGCUCCAUUUGGUCAAAGUGCUGCUCGAUUCAAACAGUAUGCCAAGACAGAAGAAAUGCCAGGUCCUGGGUUUUAUAAUAUCUCAAAUAAUACUAUAAUUGACAACUUCAGCAAUACCUGCUUGAACAAACAAAAGAAAAGUGCAUUUGGUUCUUCUGUUCCUUGAACUUUGUUUCUGGUCCAGAAAGAAGCUUUUACUACUCCUGGGCCUGCUGAUUAUCAGGCUUUUUGGAAUUCACAGAUUGGUGGAAUUUCUGAUGCGCUACCUACCUUGACUAACUGAUAUGAUGCUUUCUUGUCAAGAACAGAAAGGACUACUAAAUUAUCAGAUGUGGAAAUUCCAGCACCAGGCAGCUAUGAUGUUCAAAAAUCAUAUGCGAUGUCUCAAGUUCAACAUAAAUACAUGCCACCUCGUAGUUUUGUGGCUAAACUAAAACAUGCCUCCUUUCUUAGCUGUACUCCUUGGUGUCCAGACAAAAUGACUGAUGGGCCAGGGCCUACAACAUACAAUCCUGUUUUAAGGAAGUCUUGCUCCAUACCCUUAUUUGUUAAAACAUCAAAGCGUUUUAAAGAUUACAAAGAGAUUACUCCUGGUCCAGCAACAUACGAGCUGGCUCUGUAUAUCUCAGCUUUGUUGGUCUUGGUGGCAUGAAACCAAAGCAAGACCUUCCCACAGUGCCCCAGAAGGCUAGAAAAGCUGGUUCCUCACCCACCCAACUCUUCCUUCCUGCUAGUAUUUAUAGAUACAUGACUACAUGCAGCUGUAAGGGGCCCAGCUAAAAAUUGGGAUAUGGAAACAAAUUUGCAGUCUCUGCACGCUGUCUUUUGA